CCUCUUGAAUGGUACUGUAAUACUGUUGUAUUGUCUCCCUCGCAUAAAACAGAGAAGAUUUUGACUCUCGAAUCUCGAUUCAAUUAAAUCCGAAUCAUACGCCAUUGCCAUAUAACGUAAGGUACGCACAAAUAUUCUCCAAUUCUUUAUCAUCUUCACCGUCGAUUCGAUUUGAAUUAAAAAGCUUCAUCCUUUCACAAUGUUGUUCUCUUCUAAGAUCACCAUAUAAACCAAGAGCUGCAUCCACAUAAACACAAAAAUGGAAUCUUCAUCUUCCCAAACAAAUGGACUAAAACACUACCCUUUAACCCCUCUAAGACUCUUACGUGGUGUAGCAUGUUUAAUCGUUUACCUUUCAACAGCCUUCAUGUUUUUAGUCUAUUUUACCCCUCCAUUUGCAGCUUUCCUACGCCUAUUCAGCAUACACUACAGCAGAAAAGCAUCAUCCUUUCUUUUUGGGCUGUGGUUAGCUUUAUGGCCUUUUUUAUUUGAAAAGAUUAACAAAACAAAAGUGAUAUUUUCUGGAGAAAGGGUCCCAGAAAAAGAACGUGUUCUUGUUAUUGCAAAUCAUAGAACAGAAGUUGAUUGGAUGUAUCUUUGGGAUCUUGCAUUGAGAAAAGGGUGUCUUGGAUGCAUUCGAUAUGUGCUUAAAAGAAGCUUGAUGAAGUUGCCUAUUUUUGGUUGGGGGUUUCAUGUUUUUGAGUUUAUUUCAGUUGAAAGAAAGUGGGAAGUUGAUGAAAGUAUUAUGCAUAAAAUGCUUUCGACUUUUACUGAUCCUUUGGACCCGUUGUGGCUUGCGGUUUUUCCAGAAGGAACUGAUUUUACGGAACAAAAGUCAAUAAACGGUCAACGUUUUGCUGUUGAAAAUGGAUUACCAGUACUCAAGAAUGUAUUGCUUCCCAAAACCAGAGGCUUUCAUGCUUGUGUGGAAAUUUUAAGGGGAUCUCUAGAUGCAGUAUACGACGUGACAAUUGCGUACAAGAACCGGUGCCCGACUUUCACAGACAACGUAUUCGGAGUCGAGCCAUCCGAAGUCCACCUUCACGUCCGUCGAAUCCCUUUAGACCAAAUCCCAUCUUCAGAAACCGAAUGCAACACUUGGCUUUUAAACACAUUUCAACUCAAAGACCAAUUACUUUCGGAUUUCAUAUCCCAAGGCCAUUUUCCUAAUGAAGGAACCGAAGGAGAACUUUCUACACUAAAGUGCCUUAUUAAUUGCUUAAUAGUCUUAGCCAUCACUUCAGUAUUCACAUAUCUUGCGUUUUUUUCGUCUGUUUGGGUCAAAGUGUAUAUUGGUAUGUCGUGCGCGUAUCUUACGUAUGCUACCGCUUAUGGAUUUCGUCCGACACCGGUUUUUGAAUGUUUUAGAAAAAAGAAAUCCUCGUAG